AUGUCUUUUGCGAGCUCGUCAAACUUUUCGCAGCCUAUUACUCUACCGAGCAUGACUGUGUCCUUUGCAAACAGAACAUCGAGCUUAACUUCGCCAUUUCCUACAAACAGCACCUCGAGCACAGUCCGACCAUCCCCGGCAAAUAGCACAUCGAGCAUGCUUCCAUCCUUUCCAGCCAACAGAACAUCGAGCGUCGCUGCGUCGUUCUCCGUGAACAGUAGCACUCCGCAAAGUACACUGUCAGCACAAGCCCCAUUCGCAAAUCGCAGCUCAUCAAGUGUGAGCUCACUCUCGAUUGCCUUGCCUUCGAAUGUGACUGCCGGAGCUGAAAUCACAACAUCGUUCACGAGUACGGUUGAUCUAAGUUCCACAACAUUCAUUACGGUCAUUCGAACCACAAUCAGCAUUGUACAAGUUUCAUCAACGACUCAGGCUGCUGGUCCUGGUGUUGCUUCGUCGGUCUCGCGGUCGUCAUCAGUUGUUGGAGCAUCUGGUUCUGGAUCAAGCUCGUCUUCUGCCAGUGGGACGCAAUCGAGUACAAGCGAGAAGAGCUCCUCUUCUAGCAUUGUCUCCAGCUUGGCAUCAAUGUCUGGCUCAAGCUCAUCUUCCAGCGUCACGAUUACUCCCCUGCCUGGAAUCACGACACCUCCUCCUCCAGCCACUCCAACGCUGCCCACCGUGUCUCUGAUUGGCAAAAUGCCGUGCAUCUAUACUUACUCGUUCAACCAUUCGACAUCACUCACGUACGAUCUUGACCCAUGGUGCUGGGCCUGGUCCUGGUAUGGGGAAAGUACAACGUUGAUAUCGGGAACGGUUGUGGCUGAAAGCACGGCCAAUUGCGCGUGCCCUGUUUGCGCCCUUGCAGACCCCUUAUGCUAUGACCAGAAGCCGUCAGGUUCCAGUUGUGCCGAUGGCUGGAUUUGCUCUGUGACCACUUCCUCUGGGCAAUCAGGCGUUGUAUAUUCGCUCCCUACUGGCUUCGUUUAUGACACAACUACGCCGGAUCCAUGGAGCAUUACGACCGAGUCAGGCGUGAGCAGGACCAGCGGCAGCAGCAGCGUCACGGCGGUCACAUGGAGUGCAACGCUUACACACAGCACUCGAAGCAUCCAGGGUGGUUACAUUGACUUUCCGUUUUGGUCAUGGAGUUAUUCCCAUUCUUCCUCCCAUUCCUGGUGCUGUGCCCGAGGCAUCACUGACCCUGCCAACGACCCAUUGUACAGCAUCGCCUUGUACAAACAGUCCAUCAACCAAUCCGUCGUCUACAGCAACCACGACUUCUCGAAACUCGUCGACUACCUCAAGCUCGUCCUCGUCCUGUUCAUCAACGGCUAUUGUGCGACUGUUACGCGGUGCUCUGGAACAGACACAUCUACGACAUUCACCGUAAACGCCACUACAAGCGCUCCGGCCUGCACAGUCAGCCCCUGGUGGAAUGACCCGUCCAUUUCUUCUGAGAUUGCCUCGUGGAUCACUCAGUUUCCACCAAUCCCCGACAACGCGACUGUGCAAUUUGGUACUGUCAGCUUCGCGUCAAACACUACGCAGACUAUGGGCAAUACGACCUCCAGCACUGUCAUGAGGACGUCAAAUUCGACAUCAUUGACGACUCACAAUUCGACUAUCUCUUCUCCCAGCUCGACCACCUCCUCUCACACUUCGACCAUUUCCAGCCCUCCUAUCACCACGACAACGAUCCCGAGCAGCCUACAGGACUUCACCGUUUUGGCCACAGAUAAUAACGGCGACGUGUUCAGUGAAGUGUAUUCCGGAGGUACGAUGAUAUCGUCUACACUUAUCUCCUCGAGAUUACUCCCCACGUUGGGACCAAGCGGCCCGUGGUCGUUUGGAUCAUCUGGAGUCUCUCUGGUGAGUAGAACCACGUCGACUCCCCCAAUAUCUGUCGGCUCUGGCGCACAUCCAACCCUCACAAGUAUGACGGUGAGCUACAGCGAAGUCUCGAUAUUCACUUGUGACGGCGUGGCUGCCUUUGGUGGGAGCGCAAGCUGUACAGACUCGUGGGGGCUCGAAACUGUGUCAACCACUGUCCCUCCUGCAUCCGAGCAAACCUCAUACUGUGCCCAUUGGACUGCGUUCACCACCACUACGAGCCCAGCGAAGGCUGGUGUGCUGAACUGUGCUACCCCUGUCAGCGGGAAAGCCACAAGUACGGUUGCCACUACGUGGAACUCGGGUCUUCCCUUCUCGCCUUUCCAGUUGGACGAAGGCCCGAUCUCCAACUUUUGCCAGAGUCUGGUUGAUCGGAACAUCGUUAUUUACCAGGGGCUUGAAGUCACAUCUGCAUCAAGCUCAGGGGUCGUGUCACCGGGAGAAUGUGACCUGUUUCCAUCGGAUGGAAACUCGAAAUUCGACUACGAGCUGACCAUCGGUCUCGCCUUUGACUUCAACGGAUGUGCUUCGCCAACAGGCACACCAUAUGUCAACGGUAUUUCCAUGAAGGCUUAUGGCAAAGACAAGUGUGUCUCAAACUUCAUGAGUCAGCUCAAUGACAAGUGUGAAUUCUCGGACUCGGAUGCAAAGAAGAGAGGCCUUGGUCAAUGGACCAAGGUUGGGGGCAUGUACUUUGAGGACUGCAUGCGAUGGACAAUCAUCGCUGCGAGAAAUGAUUUGUCGCCACCAGACACUGUUGAUGGAGAUCUUCAGUAA